AUAUAUUGAAAACUUUUUUUAUCGAUAAAUACCGAAUACCACCCCGAUCUGAUCAUAUUGCUUCAACCAGUGAUUUUUUGCCUGUUAGAGGUUAUCGUUUAUACGAGUGGGCAAUCGAAAUUUUUUUUGCCGAAUGCGUAAUUUAGUGUGUUCUUUCUGACCAGCCGUUUACAAUUUGAAACUUGAUGUCUUGUAAAGCGCUUUUCUCUGCUCACUAUUCUUAACACCCAACUUGUGUCAUUUUUGACUGAUAUUCGACGACCACAUUAAUUCGCAUUUGGCUUCAAACAAAUAUUAAAUUUGAAAUCAGUAUUAAAAACUUAGUCGAUCUGUGUGUGUUUGAAAUUUUUUCUGCAGCUUUUUAGGGUAAAUUGUUUACUCUCUAGUCCCUCUCAGGGACAGGUGAAAAAAUUAAUUUACUCAAAAAACUAUGUUGGUGAUGUAAAGGAAUUUUUAAACUUAUUAAAUGUCGUUUGACGACAAAAAGACCAUUGAACAACCAAUAAAACAGUUGUUUUGAUUAGGCUUCUGUUUAUAUACUCCGGAGGGUGAUUAGAGAGUAAAAAAUUGACCCAGAAAAAAGCAGCAGAAAAAAUUUCAAACACACAUAGAUCAACUAGUUUUUUUAUGCGAAUUUCAAAUUUAAUAUCUGUUUCAGACUAAAUGUGGAAUAAUCUAUUCGAAAAUUGUCGAAGAUUAGUGAAAAAUCACACAAAUUGGGUCCGAAGAGUAGUAUUUGAGCAAAAAUGCUUUACUAGACAGCGAAUUUUAAGUUGCAAAUAGUUUCAUUACAGAGAGUACAUUCAAUUAUGUAUUCGAUAAAAAAUCUCGCUGAUGCACUCAUAUAGACUAUAAUUCAAGGGGGAAACAGCUGACUUCAAUACUUCAAGGCUUCAAAAGACUUCAGGAGACUUCAAGAGACUUCAAGAGACUUCAAGAGACUUCAUGAGACUUCAGAAGACUUUAAAAGACUCUCAAGACUUCAUGGGACUUCACGACCGAAGUCUCUGCUGUUUCCCCCUUGCCCUUGCCCACACCCACACCCACACCCUCAUUUACAUCCAAAAUUACGUUAUAAAAUUGAUCCUGCAACAACAAUUGGAGUUAGUACAAUUAUUUGUCAACCAUCAGAAACAUUUGUUCAAUCGAAUCAUGAUAUUAAUUCGUUGCCUGUUCAUGAUCGUUCAAUUGUUUUACGUGGCGCUGCCGAUAAUAUCAGUUGUCUUGGUGAACCUUUCAUAUUACGUCAAUCGGAACUUAUCGAAAAUUCAGCUUUUCGUAAUGAUUUGGAAAUUAUAUAUGGUUCAAUUUCAUAUCAAUUAACUUUAAAAGUAAUUUCAUCAUUAGAUCAAAAUAUUGAUCUUGUUAAAUUAACAUUAUCAUUAUUUGCUUUUUGUACAAGUAAUUGUACGAUAUUUGAUGAAAAUUCUUCAUUUAUGUAUUUAACUGAUAUGAAAUCAGUUUUAAAUAUACAAAAUAUGUAUGCUGAAGUUAUAUGGAAAUAUUUACUUUAUAAAUAUGCAUUUGAGGGUGUGGGUGUGGGUGUGGGUGUGGGUGUGGGUGUGGGUGUGGGUGUGGGUGUGGGUGUGGGUGGGGGUGUGGGUGUGAGUGUGGGUGGGUGUGGGGGUAGAUGUGGUGUAUGGGUACCGACUAGAACGGUUACUCACACUCACACCCACACCCCUGUUGAAAACUAACGUGAACAAUGUGAAUUGAUUGCUUGCACCAGCAAAGUCACAUGCCAUUUAAAUUUUCUUAAAUAUUAAUACUGAAAAAUUUAUAAUCAAUUUGAUUAACAGCAUAGAAAGCAGGUAUCUCUCGAUUAUAGAAUCAAAAGAAAGACGAAUCAAAUAUUGAAUUAGACAUUCUAAGACUGUAAACUGAUAUCUUUUGAAUGGAAAAAUAUAUUUUUGAAAGCAGUUGAACUAGCCCCUAAUAUAGACUAAAAAUUUGUUUCAAGUCUUUUUGCAAACCUACAUGCAUAGUAAUACAAUAUGCUGAUACUGUAAUACCAGCAGCAUAAAAGAUCAAACGAUAUAUAUACGGGCCCCGUAAUCAAAGAGCUAAACAUUGAUCUAGAGUGUAGUGAAAAAACUAUAAAGAAAAUCUCUUUUUUUUAAUGACAUUACAUUCUGUCGUCGAAUAAUGCUCCAGAUAAAAAGUAAAUAAGAUUUCUGUUUGAAAUGAAUUUUCUCGUUCUAUUCACAUUAUUUGAUGACGUCUCUUCUGAUUUACAUUCAUGAGAGACACUCUGUUCUGUUGAAAUGAAAAACUUGCAGGG